AUUGCACUAGUUGGGGAUCAGUGGGAUGUCUACAGAAUAUGACUGUAGAGGCCCACCAAGAAGGCGCCGCCGCAUUCAGCGUCCUUCGUCUUCAUCAUCUACAAAUUCUGGCACGCCUGCUGGGGCCGGCUCACCCGCUGUGCCUUCAUCGUCACCAAGGGGAGGUGCACAAAGCAGGGACCAGGGCCGGCAAAAAGAACCUUCGCCUAGAGCCCCUAGUCAGGAUUCCCCAGUUCCCUCCAGAGCUCGUGGGAGAGCACGUGGCAGUCGGGGACGUGGAUCCGGACACUCCAACAGGGAAGAUGAGGGGUUCAUUGUCCCUGAAAUCAAUAGCGAACUCCUCAUCCAACUGGUGGAGGCGCGUACCACUUUAUGGGAUCACACUGACCACCACCAUGCAGACCUUCAGCGAACUUCCCAACCGGAGGGAGAUAACUUCCCAACUUUUUGACACCUGGGGGGAUCUCUCCAUGGCGGAUCAAAGGAAAUGUGUUAAAAAGGUUAUCACAUGGUGGCGAUCGAUCCGGGACCGCUUCAAGAGGGAGUACAACCUUGAGGUUCAGGCCCCAAGUGGCUCCGGAGAAACCUCAAGGCCUCCAUAUAUGUAUACUGAGGCCUUGGGGUUCCUAAGACGGAUGCUGGCGCUGAGAAGAACUGCCAGGAGCACUCGGAUGCCUGAGCCACCUCUUGAAGAGGAUUCAACUCAGCCCUAACUACCAUUAUGGUUGUCGCCCAGGCAGUUGCAUGAUUUCCAGAACAUAAUAAAGAACGGGUCGUCGCAAAUUAUGCACCGCCCCCAUUCCCAACCCCCACCACAUCCCAAACCUACCCCCAUCCCAAAUCUAUGCCAUUCCCGACAACCUUCCCAUUCCCACCUCCCUGAGCAUGUGUUCCCUUCUGUUUCGUUUUCCACUUCUCCUCCCCACUAUUUUCCUCCCACUUCAUUUCAAACUGCCUCCUCCACACAUGCUCGGGACCCCUCCACCUCAGACCCUUCCACUUUCCACGUCCCACAAAU